AUGGGCGCCCGCCUCUCCCAACCCCGCGCCCCAGGCGGAACAACCGAAUCCUCCAUCCCCACCAAACCCGCCCCGCCCCCCAACCCAAAAAACCCCUUCCCACGCGGCAUCAACUCCCGCACCAUCGUCGCCCCCGCCGCCGCCUUCACCAUGGCCCUAAUCCUCUUCGUGUACACGCGCACGAGCAUCCGCGCGGCCAAAGCGAACGCGCAGCGGCAUCGGGACGCGGAUACGGGCGGGGAAGGGCUGAGUUUGUUGAAUGAGCACCGAAGGCGGCAUGGGUUGGGGGGUGCGAGGAGGUUGGAAGAGGGGGAGGGGAUGGGGGGCACGGUGGGGGAGUUGGGGAGGGAGUUGUUUGGGGGGAAGGGGAAGGAGGGGGAGAAGGGGGAGAAGGGGGUGGGGGUGGGGAGGAGUGAAGAGGAGGAGAGGUUGAGGGCUCUGAAGGGGAGGAGGGGUGGCGGGAGUUGA